UUAAUAUACAUUUUAGUGAUUUGUCUAUUGAUAUCAUACUUAAAUCUUUGUGGAUCCCUUAAUGUUUUAUUUAGAAGAACUGCGAACAAAUCUCCGGAGAAGGAUUCAUUAGACAAUGAUAUUAAUGAAUUUUCUCAGAGGAAAAAAUUACAUCAGACUUCUCUUAGAGAACGUGCUUCUCUGCCAGAACCAUUACCAUUGGAUUUUGUUGUGCAUCCGCCAUCAAAAGUAAAUUGGGAAGAAGUACGUGCACGAGCUAUUAGAGCAGCUAUGAAAGCUAAGAAAGAUAAGAUGCGUCGAAAGCGUCGACGACCAUUUGAUCCACUAAUUGCUCAAAGGAGGCGUCCUUUGUUUAAAGUGCAAUCUUCAACGUACUAAAGAACCGAGUAUAAAAAUGAGCUUUUAUAUUUCAAAAUUUACAGUUGAUUGUUUUACCACACACAAAUGUUGACUUAUGAUCAU